AAUGCGGCAGAGCGAAUUGGCCAGCAAUAUAGGCCUGACCUUUUACUUGAUCAGCUUCCUUGGAUAAAGAUUCCAAAAUCGAUUCCUGAUUUUCUGCUUAUUGAAAUUGGGGAACGUUCCACCAAGGAUGUGUUUAUUUAUGCAUUUGAAUCUGUUCGUAUUGUGACCAAGAAGGUUUACCCUACCUUGUCCCCACAUUUUCCUGCCUGGGAGUUCCUCAAUACUUCUUUCCUAGCUAGCACUGUUCAACGUGAUGUUGAGACCAUUUUGCGCUCUCCCAUUACCUUGUUAACUGGCACUUUUGUAGGGGUAAGUUUGUGUGCUAUGGAUACUUUUUUAAGGAUGCUUAGGCAAGCACCGAAGUGGGAAUUUUUUGUUAGCAGGAAGCGAAGUCAUCCAAGUGGACCGAGAGCUGUAUUCCAAGGAAGGUUCCUUUGUUAUCAUAUUCAGCAGUUAUUUUUUAGGAAUGACCACAACCUGGAAUACUUCCAGCAGUGGGAUUGGCUACAAUUGCACUUUUUGUUGGGUAAUACUUCGGUGGUUCAACAUGUUUUGAGCUCAAAACAAAUGUUUGCUGUGAAAGCGGAGCUAAUGGCACUUGCUCACCAUGAACAACAAAAUGGACUUUCCCUUUCUUCCAAAGAUUUACAGGACAGUGGCAUUUAUCAUUCUUUCAUAGUCAAAGAGCUGUCACUUUUGGCAGAGUUGAUGCAAUCUUGUGUUGACGAUGCCAAUUUGUCUGAUGCAUCACUACUUACUCCGAGGAUGUAAGAUUAUUAUUCGAUCAACACCAAAUUGGAUGAUACCUCCUUCCAGAAUGUAGCAUGCUAUAAAUUGAAGAUCAUUUUGGGUCUUUGUUCAAUAGCAUUAUAUGCAUCAAGUUCAUUAAGGCCCAAGUUCUUCGGUUAUAUCACUUUUUUGGAUUUUUGGAAGCUAGUGUGCUUGUGGAAUGCUAGAUGAUUUGGGAAUUUAGCAUUUUCACUAAGCGUAUAUGCAGGUACAUAUUCAGCAACUGAGGUCAAGUUAGCUAGGAUUGAAUUGGCACUCCUCUGUUAUCUUCUCUAUCCCUUGCCAGCCAUGGUUUUUAGGCUUUCAGCUUUUGUCAAACCAAAGGAGAGGUUGAAUACCAGUCUAUGAGAUGUGUGCUUCAUGGCUCCUGUACUUCUACAGAGAUCAUGCAUGGGGUAGAAGCACAACUUGGUAGGCUUGGUUCAAAACUUUGUUUGGCAGCCAAUUUUCUUGUGGUCUGUUUUGAGAAUCACACUGCACUGGUUUUGGAGGCCUCUAUCAUGAUACUUUUUAGGGUGUGCUAUCCACACACCUCUUUUUACUUCUCACAUACACCAUUUAUUAAUUUCUGUCUGUUGAUCUUUUUCAAUUCAUCUGAUCCGACGACCGAAAAUUCUAAGUGUGUGUGAGAAGUAAAAAGGGAUGUGUGGAUAUCACACCCCUACUUUUUUUGGAACCCCAAGGUUUGGGAGAACAAGCAGUGCAAGCCUCUAUAUGCCAACUUGACGACAUAAGGAUAUGCCUCAUUUUAAGGGGGAGGGAUUGUUAGGACCCUUUGGGCUGAAGGAAAUUUUGUGAAAAACAUGUUCAUUUGAGCAAUAUCUAUGACAUGCAAUUAACAUUUAAAGG